UUCCUGCAGACUCACCCUUCCUCUACGCCGGUGGAAAAUUGCGUCCCGUUUUGGUGCAGGCACUUCCGACAAUAAUGGACGAAAAGUUUUUUAUCCUGUCUUAUUUGGUGUGCUUCAUAUCGAGAUUAUGCAAUGGACAGAGCUCGAUAUUUUCCACAGCAGACGUAAUGUUAUUCGACUCUAGUGAUCUCGUUUAUUUUGAAGUUUUAAAACCAGAAAGUUUAAAGUAUGUCUACAAAUUACGCCCUGCAAAGGACUUUGGCUCGAUAUUCGAUUUACAUUUUGAUAGCAUUCGCUUAGUAGCAGUAGAACCUCCUAAUGGGUGUCAAGAACCAAGCAAUAGCAGGAUGAUACAGGGAGCCAUUGCACUUGUUGAGAGAGGUGGCUGCUCUUUUGUAUCCAAGAGUAAGAUGGUGGAGCAGUUUGGUGCAGUGGCCGUGCUAAUAGCUGACAAUGCUGCUGAUAAUGUGAACACCAUGCUUGACAUGGUACAAGAUGGAACAGGGAGAGAUGUUCACAUUCCUGCAGGGUUUAUUCUUGGAUCUGAUGGGUAUUAUAUUAGAAAGGCUCUAAGAGAGUCACAUGAGACUGCAGCCAUCAUUUCUAUACCAGUCAACGUUACAACAAGUCCACACCUUUAUACCAAACAACCACCCUGGUCAUACUGGUAAAAACAUCAACGAUCACAUUUAUUACCAGCUGCCCUCAUAGUGCUGGUAAAACAUCAACGGUCACAUUUAUUACCAGCUGCCCUGGUCAUACUGGUAAAAACAACAACGGUCACAGGUAUUACUAGUCCCCCUGGUCAUACUGGUAAGAAUAUCAAUGGUCACAGUUAUUACCAGCCACCCUCAUCAUGCUGGUUAAACAUCAACGGUCACAUUUAUUACCAGCCGCCCUGGUCAUACUGCUGGUAUGGACCAGCAGUUAUUGAUAUUACCAUCUGUUACUCAAGAAGAAGAAAAACAUUGCUCCUUGUAUUAAGGCAUAAAGCAGCCACAGGUAUUACCAGCCAUCCUGGUCUUACUGGUAAUAAGGCAUAUAGGAGUCGCAGGUAUUACCAGCCAUCCUGGUCUUACUGGUAAUUAGGCAUAUAGGAAUCGCAGGUUUUACCAGCCAUCCUGGUCUUACUGGUGGUAUGGAAAAGCAGAUAUUGAUAUUAUUUAUUACUCAAGAAGAAAACAUUGCACUGGUCUUACUGGUAAUAAGGCAUAUAGGAAUCGCAGGUAUUAACAGCCAUCCUGGUCUUACUGGUAAUAAGGCAUAUAGGAAUCGCAGGUUUUACCAGCCGCCCUGGUCUUACUGGUAAUAAGGCAUAUAGGAAUCGCAGGUUUUACCAGCCGCCCUGGUCUUACUGGUAAUAAGGCAUAUAGGAAUCGCAGGUUUUACCAGCCGCCCUGGUCUUACUGGUAAUAAGGCAUAUAGGAAUCGCAGGUAUUAACAGCCAUCCUGGUCUUACUGGUAAUUAGGCAUAUAGGAAUCGCAGGUUUUACCAGCCAUCCUGGUCUUCCUGGAAAUAUGAAUCAACACCUCUUGGUAUCCACUGGACCAUUGUGUUCCACAAGUAAAAACAGUUGUCACGUUUUGAUCAUACUGCCUGUUACAAUAAAAUACUGAUUAACAGAAAA